AUCACUAUUAUUCAGUUGGAUACAUAUCUUUCGACCAUUAUGAUGAUUAAUUAGCUUCUAAUCUUCCACGAAUUGAUUGUUACUUUUUCAUAAAAAUUAAAUUAAAUUAAAUUAUGAUUGUUACUUUUUCAUAAAAAUUAAAUUGCAUCAAUUUUGCCUCUUCGCUUUUUUUUUUUUUUUGGUGUGAAUUCCAAUAAAACGUAAAAAAAAACGAAAGAAACAAAUAAAAUAAUCAAGCUAUCAAGAAACAGAUCCAAAUCCAACAACAAAUCACAUGUAGUAGUCAACCAUUGACAAGGGCAAAAAAAAGUGAGGGAUAAAAUAAACGAACUUUAAAGAAAUGGAGGCUUUAUGCUCUCCGGUCUCCGCCAUCAUAAACUGAACAAAAUUGGAGGGCUCGAGCUCAAUGGCGAUCCACAAAAUCCACCCGAAAGCGAAAUUAACAAAGCCCAGAUCUUCAAUCUUCAUACUCACAGCUUCGAUCGCGUGCAUUGCAGUGUUGUACCUCGUGUCGUCUCUGGUUUCGGCGCCCGGCAGCAUACAGAAUAUCGUACCCCAAAAUCGCCACACUUUGCACGACAAGUACUUGUAUUGGGGGAGCAGAAUUGACUGCCCCGGAAAGCACUGCGACUCUUGCGAGGGUUUAGGGCACCAAGAGUCCAGCCUUAGGUGUGCCCUUGAGGAGGCAUUGUUUCUGGGCAGGACCUUCGUAAUGCCUUCCAGGUUGUGUAUAAAUCCAAUACACAAUAAGAAAGGAAUUCUCCAUCAAUCUGGCAAUGUGGUUUCUGAGGAAGGGUGGGCAGGUAACUCCUGUGGUAUGGAUUCCCUGUAUGAUCUGGAUUUCAUGUCCAACACAGUGCCUGUGAUUUUGGAUAAUUCGAAAACGUGGCACCAUGUCCUUACUACAAGCAUGAAACUGGGAUCCAGAGGGAUAGCACACGUGCGAGGAGUUAGUCGAACUGAUCUCCAACAGAAAAAAAUGUAUUCAAAUCUUCUACUCAUAAAUCGAACUGCCAGUCCACUCUCAUGGUUCAUGGAGUGCAAGGAUCGGAACAACCGCAGUUCUAUUAUGUUGCCGUAUUCCUUUCUUCCAUCAAUGGCUGCAAAGAAGCUACGAGAUGCAGCGGAAAAGAUAAAGGCUCAUCUUGGGGAUUACGAUGCUAUCCAUGUCCGACGAGGUGAUAAGAUAAAAACUAGGAAGGACAGAUUUGGUGUCCAUCGAAGCUUACAUCCACAUCUCGACAGAGAUACACGUGCUGAGUUCAUUCUUUGUAGAAUUUCCAAAUGGGUCCCCCCGGGUCGAACCCUCUUCAUUGCAUCCAAUGAGAGGACUCCCGGCUUCUUUUCGCCCUUAUCUGUGAGGUACAAAUUGGCCUAUUCAUCAAAUUACAGCAGUCUUUUGGAUCCAAUAAUUGAGAACAAUUACCAGCUGUUCAUGGUGGAGAGGCUUAUUAUGAUGGGAGCCAAAAGCUUCAUUCGAACGUUCAAAGAAGACGAUACAGACCUCAGCCUCACAGAUGAUCCCAAAAAGAACACCAAAAUAUGGCAAAUACCUGUUUAUACCAGGGAAGUAGGGGAAGGAGACAACUGCUGACUUUAAUUUCUCUAAUUUUUGUUGCUCUUUGUUAUUUCAAGAAUAUCUGUCUGUGGUGUUAAUUUUUUCAUUAUUUUGUUAAUACUGGCAAAUUAUUUGAAAAAUGUUGUUUUGUAUCUAUAAAUUUUGGUUCCUGUAAUCCACUCAUGUAUACUAUACCAUUUCAGAGUAAUGGCAAACAUGAGCUAAUUUACAUU